GACUACAAGUCCAGACUGAAAGCUGCUUGUCUUAAUGUACUAAAACAGAGGAAAAUAGUGAAGAUAAUCCUGGAGUGCGUAUGUAUGUGAAUAUAUACUAAGAUUUCAAGGGUGUUUAUUGAUAAAACUGUAACUACAUUUCUGAAAGGGAGCACUGUUGGAGCAAAUAGUGAAUCUGUGAAAGUGAAAAAAAGUUGGCUGACGGAGAGUUUAUACAAGCAGUAAAAGAACCACAGAAGACAACAACAGAAUGGCUGCCAGUGAAUCAGCAUCUGAAAUGGACUGCAGCUGUCCUGUGUGCUGUGACAUAUUUAAGGAUCCUGUAGUCUUGUUGUGCGGUCACAGUUUUUGUAAGUACUGUCUUCAGGAAUGGUGGAGACAGAGUAGAUGCAAGACAUGCCCGGUCUGUAAGGAAAUAUUUCCAAUGGCUCAGCCUCCACGUAAUCUGGCACUGAGAAAUCUUUCUGACACCUUGAGACAAGAGAGGAGUCAGAGAGGUUCAUCAGGAUCUAAAGAGCUCUGCAGUCUGCACGGUGAGAAACUCAAACUCUUCUGUCAGGAUGAUCAAGAACUCAUCUGUGUGAUCUGUAGGGAUGCAAAAAAACAUAAGCAACAUAACUGUGUCCCCAUCAAUGAAGCAGUAGAAGACUACAGGACCAAACUGAAGGUUAAGCUGAUGCAUUUAAAAACCAAACGGGGGUCAUUCGAAAAAGAAAAAGUCAAGUGUGAUAAAAUGGCCAGCCACAUCACACUCCAGGCCCAACAGACUGAGAAGGGGAUAAAAGAGGAGUUUCAAAAGCUGUACCAGUUUCUGCGGGCAGAAGAGACUGCAAGGAUUGAUGCUUUGAGGAAAGAGGCGACGCUCAAGAGUGAAGCAAUGAAGAUCAGGAUUGUGAAUCUGACUGCAGAGAUCUCCUCACUCUCAGACAAAAUCAAAACCAUGGAAGGAGAAAUGAAAGCUGAAGACUUCUCAUUCAUGCUGAAUGUCAAAUCCUCUGUGGAGUGGUCCCAGUGCAACCUGCCACAACCAGAGACCCCAUCAGGAGCCCUGAUCGAUGAGGCCAAAUACCUGGGGAACCUACUCUUCACAGUCUGGAGGAAGAUGAAGGAUAUAAUACAAUACACUCCUGUAACAUUCAACCCAAAUACAAGUGGCAAAUGUCUGACUCUAUCAGAGAAUUUGACUCGUGCAACAUCCAGAAUGAAAGCUCAGAAGCUCCCUGACAACCCAGAGAGAAAAUCCGACUUAACUGUUAUUGGAUAUGAAAGCUUUAGCUCUGGUAAACACAGCUGGGAUGUGGAGGUGGACAAGAAGUAUUGGGCUGUUGGUGUGACAGCUAGAUACAAGCAUCAAAACUCUGAAAAGGUUUGGGGCAUUUCCCUGUAUGGUUGUCAAGAGCUCAUUGAUCUUCAUUCAAAACAAAAAAAAAGAUAUAAUUUCUUAUCUGAAACCUCAUAUCCAAAAAUGGUCAGAGUGCAGUUAGAUUAUGAUCAUGGAAUACUAAAUUUUUUUUACUUCAACAUGAAAACACCUUUACAUACCAUUCGAUACACAUUCACAGAACCUGUUUUUCCAUAUUUUAUGGGAUGUGAAAAAGUCCUUCCAGCUCAAUUGUCAGUGAGGAUAAGACAACCCAAAUAGACACUCUGCAUACUGUAAAGGUCAAACAAGAUGAAUUGCUUUAUUUUGGGAUAUAGAAUUGUAUUGUAUGU